AAAUCUUCAAAAAAAAUUGAGGUGGGAGAUUCGAUCAAGAAAACGAUAGAAGCUCCAGGUUGCCACCAUAUUUCGUGGGACUUUUUCGACAUCGCCGUAAACGCCUUUACUCUAGCGGGUACAGCUCCCCACGGGUGGACAAGUCACAGUCAAGAUGGAUUCAUUGAAUUUGGAUGUGUCAAAUGCGGCGGUAAUGAAGGAUGAGCAAGGCCGGCCUUUCAUUGUCGUCAGGGAUCAGGGGAAGAAGAAGCGCCAGUUUGGCAACGAAGCCGUCAAGUCCCAUAUUCUCGCCGCUCGAACAGUCGCCAACAUCGUCAAGUCCUCUCUCGGACCCCGUGGACUCGACAAGAUUCUCAUCUCCCCCGAUGGAGAUAUCACCGUGACGAACGAUGGCGCUACGAUUCUACAGCAGAUGGAGAUUACAAACCACGUUGCUAAGCUACUAGUGGAGCUUUCCAAGUCUCAAGACGAUGAGAUUGGUGACGGUACCACUGGUGUCGUUGUCCUCGCUGGUGCUCUGUUGGAACAGGCUGCCGAUCUUAUCGACAAGGGAAUCCACCCUAUUCGAAUUGCCGACGGUUACGAUCAAGCUUGCGAUAUCGCUGUUGCUGAGCUCGACAAGAUUUCAGACACCAUUGAGUUCUCCCGAGAAGAGACCUCCAACCUUGUCAAGGUCGCCCGAACAAGUCUGGGCAGCAAGAUUGUGUCCAAAUCUCAUGAUCAAUUUGCCAACAUCGCCGUUGAUGCCGUUCUUUCUGUUGCCGACUUAGAGCGAAAGGAUGUCGAUUUCGAGUUGAUCAAGGUUGAUGGAAAGGUCGGAGGAGCCCUCGAGGAUACCCUUCUCGUCAAGGGUGUCAUUGUCGAUAAGGACUUUUCUCACCCUCAGAUGCCUUCAGAAGUCCGGGAUGCCAAGAUUGCCAUUCUCACAUGCGCGUUUGAGCCCCCGAAACCCAAGACCAAGCACCACCUGGAUAUUACCAGUGUCGAGGAGUUCAAGAAGUUGCAAAACUAUGAGAAGGAGAAGUUUAUUGAGAUGAUCCAGCAGAUCAAGGACACAGGUGCUAACCUGGCUAUUUGCCAGUGGGGUUUCGAUGAUGAGGCCAACCAUCUCCUCCUCCAGAACGAGCUACCAGCUGUCCGAUGGGUCGGUGGUCCUGAGAUUGAGUUGAUUGCUAUUGCUACCAACGGUCGAAUUGUUCCCAGAUUUGAGGAUCUUACAGCCGAGAAGCUGGGCAGUGCUGGUAUCGUCCGUGAAAUGACUUUCGGCACAACACGGGAGAAGAUGCUUGUCAUUGAGGAGUGUGCCAACACCCGAGCUGUUACAGUCUUUGUCCGAGGCAGCAACAAGAUGAUAAUCGAUGAGGCUAAGCGAUCGCUGCAUGAUGCUCUUUGCGUGGUGCGAAAUUUGGUCCGCGACAACCGUGUCGUUUACGGUGGUGGCGCUGCUGAGAUUGCUUGCUCUCUGGCUGUUGAGGAUGAGGCCGUCAAGACACCCGGUCUUGAGCAGUACGCCAUGCGUGCCUUCUCUGAGGCUCUUGACACCGUCCCCAUGACAUUGGCCGAGAACAGUGGUCUCAACCCUAUUGCUACUCUGGCCGAGGUCAAGAGUCAGCAGGUCAAGGCAGGCCCUGAGGGCCGAGGAAAGCUUGGUGUUGACUGUAUGGGACGCGGAAACAACAACAUGAAGGACGCCUUUGUUAUCGAUCCUCUUAUCGGCAAGAAGCAGCAGCUUCAGCUCGCCACACAAUUAUGUCGCAUGGUCCUCAAGGUCAACAAUGUUAUUGUUUCGGGAGCGGAUGACAACGACUUUUAGAUGAAGAUAGAUGAGCGAUGAAUGAAUACAUGCUUGUCAAUCUCAUCAUUGCGAGGAUUGGUUAUGCAGGUAGAUGAUAUCCAUGUAUGUAUAAUCAAAAGUACUGUAUAUUCUCCGUA